UGUCACUUAAAAGUUAAAACGAAUAUACCAACACUCAGACUCUCCCAAUCCAAUUCUGGGACUAACUCUACCUUCUUCAGUUCUUCCCUUUCCCGCUCUUCUGAUCAGUCGCUCGCUAUCAAUCAGGCUCUAAAUCCCAAUUUCCAAAAUUGAUCAACCUAGGGUUCGCAAUUCCAUCGCCUUCCCAUUCCCCUUGUCUCUUCCAAAAUGCAAUUCAUUCUAGUGCUCCCACUGGGGUUUCGCUGAAAGAUGCCGUCUUUCUUGAAAUCGCCUCUCCUCUUGCUCGCUUCCUGCCUAGCGUUGCUGUCCUGCAGCUGCUGCAAUGGCCGCAUCUUCAGCUUCGAGAUGCACCACCGCUACUCCGAGACCUACAAGAACUGGUCGACACACCGGAGAACCGUCCGGUUCCCUCUUGAGAACUGGCCGCAAGAAGGAAGCUUCGAGUACUACGCUGCGCUGGCACGUCGCGACCAAUUCCUUCGUGGACGCCGGCUCUUUGGGAAUGCGGACGACGCCCCGCUAGCUUUCGCUGAUGGGAACUCCACUUUUCGGAUUAGCUCCUUGGGUUUUUUACAUUAUACGACGGUGGAAUUGGGGACGCCUGGAGUGAAGUUCAUGGUGGCCCUAGACACGGGGAGUGACUUGUUCUGGGUGCCUUGUGAGUGUAGCAGAUGCGCACCUACUGAAGGAUCUGCUUAUGCUUCUGAUUUUGAAUUCAACAUUUACAAUCCCAGUGAAUCAUCAACGAGCAAAAGGGUUACUUGCAACAAUGACUUCUGCACUCACCGCAGUCGCUGCCUUGGGGCUUUCAGCAAUUGCCCUUACACGGUCUCUUAUGUUUCCGCUAAAACAUCCACUUCAGGAAUCUUGGUACAGGAUGUUUUGCACUUAACUUCGAAAGGAAGUUCUGCAGAUGUUGUUGAGGCAACAGUUACUUUUGGUUGUGGACAGGUCCAGAGUGGCUCAUUUCUGGAUAUUGCAGCUCCUAAUGGUUUACUUGGGCUUGGCAUGGAGAGAAUUUCUGUUCCUAGUACUUUAUCCAGGGAAGGGCUAACUGCAGAUUCUUUUUCAAUGUGCUUUGGGAGUGAUGGUGUUGGAAGGAUCAAUUUUGGGGACAAGGGUAGUCCUGACCAGGAGGAAACUCCAUUUAAUCUCAACCCAUCACACCCAACAUAUAAUAUCACUGUGACUCGGGUUAGAGUAGGAACAACCUUAAUAGAUGCAGAUAUCACAGCUCUUUUUGAUUCUGGGACCUCCUUUACUUACUUAGUCAACCCAAUCUACACAAGAAUCUCAGAGAGUUUCCAUUCACAAGCACGAGAUAGCCGACGCCAGCCUGACUCUAGGAUCCCAUUUGAGUAUUGCUAUAAUAUGAGUCCCGAUGCAAACGCUAGCUUGAUACCAAGUAUGACUCUGACCGUCAAAGGAGGCAACCAUUUUGCUGUCUAUGACCCAAUAAUUGUCAUCUCCACUCAGGGUCAACUUGUAUACUGCCUGGCUAUUGUAAAGAGUGUGGAGCUCAAUAUAAUUGGACAGAACUUCAUGACAGGGUACCGUAUAGUGUUUGAUAGAGAAAGACUUAUGCUGGGGUGGAAGAAAUUCAAUUGUUAUGAUGUUGAGGAGUACAGCAAAGUCCCUGUAGAGCCAUUGAUGGUUCCCCCCUCUGACGUUGGUGGCGCUGGAUCUCACAACAACUUGACCACUGAAGAAGAUGAUGAGGAAACAAGCCUGAUGAUGUGGUGACUUUGGUCAGUCAAGUCAACCGCGGUUCAUUUAUGAGAACAGGACAAGGGCCAUGCUUAUAAGAGGCAUACGUACAUACCGUGUUGUUCAGUUCAUAGGGAGACAGUAGGAACUGAUACGAGAGGUGGCGGAUCCAUUCUUCUUGCCUCCAGAUCUUGUGUUUUUGUGUAUGGAGAACUAUGGAAUGUAGAAAUUGCAUCCAUUUCUCUCAGCUUUGUUCUUUUUGAUAGGCCACUCACUGGCCUGCCAAUUCUUCCUCUUUGUCAUCGAUACUGACAUGCGCUAGUGUAGUAUAGGGCAAAAGUUUCACUCUUAUGAGUAGUAAAAAUAGCAGAAACUC